CGAACCAGAAACCAGGCAGAAACACGAGCAUGUGUGCGACAAGAAUCCGCGCACCGGGACGGUCAAAACCCUAUGGGGCAACAAAGAUCGACAGCACACAGACAAAGGACACGACCGCUAUCACCGUCGGCAAUCCCCACAAACCCCUCGAAGGGCAUCUCAGAAGUUUUUCUUCAAUGCCAAGCCAAACAAGAGUCGUGGGGGCGGUCACGUGGAACGAAUGAGAGAGAAGCAGAACGGGACACGCAAACCGUGUGCCCCGAUGUCCACGUCAUCCGUUCCCACCGUCCCAGCCACUUGCGACACGUGGCACGACAUGAGGAUAAUGAUGACGACGGUGAUGAACACGAUGAUAGUGACGAUUACGGUGGUGAUGUUGAUCUGGGCGACGAUGUCGCUGACGAUGAUGACGAUGUUGAUGACGAUGAUGAUGUCGAUGAUGAUGUUCGUGAUGAUGAUGAUUGUGAUGACGACGAUGAUGAUGAUGACUAUGAUGACGACGAUGAUGACGAUGUUGAUGAUGGCGAUGACAACGAAGAGGACGAUGGCGGUGAUUUCGAUGACGGCGACGAUGUCGCUGAUGAUGAUGAUGNGAUGACGAUGUUGAUGAUGGCGAUGACAACGAAGAGGACGAUGGCGGUGAUUUCGAUGACGGCGACGAUGUCGCUGAUGAUGAUGAUGUUGUUGAUGACGUUGAUGAUGUUGAUGAUGAUGUCGAUGAUGAUGAUGAUGUUGAUGACGUUGACGAGGUUGAUGAUGAUGUUGUUGAUGAUGAUGAUGAUGUUGAUGAAGAUGAUGAUGAUCACGAUGACAAUGAUGGUGAUGAUGAUGAUAAAGAUGAAGAUGAUGACGCUGGUGGUGGUGGCGACGAUGAUGGUGGCGCGACGCGGCCGCUCCCAUGGGCCGGCAAACAUGCCUGACACGAGGGCAGGUAGAACAGCACUUUACCUUGAAGAGGGCACAACGCACACGAUGGCGCUGCUCUUUGACGGCUCACAGUUCUUCGAGGAGGCGCAGUUCUUCGACGACGGCGAAGCGCACACGAUGGCGCAACUGUUCGAGGGCUCACGUUUCAACGGUGUGACGACGAUCCACGGAGCAACCGCAGAGGACUUCGACGAGGACACAUGGAUGACCGUCGUUCCGUGCAGGGACGCGCAUUUUGACGACUGGGGCAAGGGCAAUUGGGCCAGUAUGGAGAGUCAUUGCCCUUGGGCAAGCCAGUACAAGUUCGCGAAUAUGUUGGAGUUCGGGGACCUCAUCCCACUGCCUGCCGCUGUCCUCGGACAUAAAUUCUUGAACCAUAUGCGGAAAGCACUAAGCUGCAACAAUAUGUCUUCGUCCAGGGGCGAAGGGGAGCCUGCAGCGACCUCCGGGAUGGGAUCUGGGAAAGAUUCUACAAAACGGUCGUCCACGACCUCGAGGACGUGGUCCGACCACGCUAGGUCGAAAUGGUUCGUCGACUGGUGCUGUGCUGAUGCUACGAACCCAGUCCAACAGUCGUGUGGUCCUGUGAUCUUCGUCGAAGCCAACAAGCACCGCAGGGUUCUGGGGUCUGUCUUGUGGUGGGAGAAUGCGAAAGGCAGUCGUCGACGGUUUUACAUGAAACAUGUGUACGGUUCGAAGGGGAACGUCGUCGCCGGUGCCAAGGGGGCAGUUCUCGACAUGUGUCUGUUCGAGGGGUUCGGAGCAGGUGCUGCGAACACCCCGUUCUACAACGACCUCCGGCGGCAGGGCGGGUUUGUUUUGGGUCGAGAGUUCUUCGACCUGUUGGAGGACAAGGGCAUCGCCCUCGACGUCCCUUGCGAAGUCGGUCCCGACCUGAAACUGUCAAUGCCUUUGCAGCCGUGCGGCGGUUGUGAGUCGAGCGGGGCAGCGGGGGAAGGGGGUGAUCUGGCUUCCAGGGAGGCUACACAUGUGCAGCGGGAGGAUGCCAGACGUGAGUUUGACGACAGCGAAGAUGAGGCGACACCGCGUCCGCCAUUUUUGCCGUCGAGGGAAAGAGACAGGUCCGUGCUGUCCAUACCUGGGGCCCGACAACAGACCGCAGUGGAUCCCAGAGAAGAGGAAGUCCUGUGUGGGUCUGACUUGGAGCCCGCCGAGGGCAAUGGCGCUGAAGGCGAGGCCGUGGGCGGGGAGGGAGUGCAGGGCACUCCCCAAAAAAGGAGGGGAGAAUGUCAAGAAGAGUUGGUGGGCUCUUUGAAGAAACAGAAGACCAAGACCCCGAGGACUGCGGGAAAGAAACGGAAGGGGAGGGGGGUGGAAGAGGGUCACCCCGGUAGCAAACAUCCAACUUCGAAACAUAAACAGCCUGAGUCGGGACCUUCUUCACCACGGCCUGCCAUCGACGUGGACGCCGGGUACUUCCUGGAGUACAAAGACGGCGGCAGCGUCUACGGGGAUAUGCAACGCAAUCCGACCCAAUUCGUCGGUCUUCUUGAUUUUCUUGGCAAGAAGGGAGAGGGUGUUGUGUUCCUUGGGAAACCGCACGCACGAAGCGUCUGGGAGCUUCUGAAGGCCGGCCGACACGUUGUCGCAAUGGAAGGGAACUCCGACCUCUUGCAAUUCACGAUGCAGAUGGUGAAAAGCGAGGUCAAUUCGAGUGGGCACAAUUGUAAGUUCAUGAUCGUGCGGCCAACACGGGAUAAGGUGUGGAGCAAGAAGACGGAUAUGUGGUUCAAGUUGAGCAAGAGGAAGAGGAACAAAAUAUACGAUUUCUUGUUCUUUCAAACGCGUCCGAAGAGGGACACUGAAGCCGAGUACAUCCGCCGGAAGGACCACAUGUUGGCACUGCUCGACAACUACCACUUCGCCUCCCGCAUGAACGCGAAGACGUUUAUCGAAAGGUUGCAGCCGCUGUACUUCGUAGAGUCCGAGGAGCAGUUGAAGUUAGCCAGUUACGCUUCCCUGAUCUCCACUGACGACGAGGAAACCAUAGGUGUGGAGUUUGUCAGCAAAGCGAAGGAGGAGGAGAGCGACACGGAGAGCAUCGACCUGCAGUACGACCCGCCUCCGGCGGACCACGGCCGAGGGUCCUCGUCGGCUGGUCCGUCACCAAGCGCUGCAGCCCUCGUGUCACCAUUCGCCAAACCGGCGCCGGGCACCACGCCGAUGAAGUUGCUGGAGAGACUUAGAGCUCUGGCCGCCCCCCCGCCCGCUUUGCGUCCCGGGUCCGUUGUCCCGCCCAAUCAUCCGUCUUGGAAGGAUGAUAACAUCCACUUCUUGCUUGAACCGCAACGUCAUUCACCUGAGCAAGAAUGGGGCCAUGACAUGGUUUGGCAUCCGGGAAUCAUCCAGCCAGCGAUACGAAAUGGCGAGUGGGUCAUGGCCAUGGCAAUCCCGGGCGCAGGAUGGGUGUCAUUCCCACGCGAGUCGAAGUCCUACUUCCUGCACCUCGCGAGGAUUUCGGUCCUCCAGAAAGUGAAGGUCGAAAAUGACACUUUAGCACCCGGCGACCUGUCCCUCAUUUCCACUGUCGGUCGACUCUUUGACGAGCUUCAGGACAAGUGCUGGUUGGAAUUGACGGAGGACUACUACGAGCUCGACAUGAGUCCGUCGAAGGGCGUGGUGGACUGGAAAGUGCCCCCUCCCAGUGGGCCGGACGCCUUGGUUGCUCUGGGCAUUCGCUCGGCCGGAAAGCCGAACUCCGCCGGGAUCCGGACUACAUCGGGUGAGGAGCCGCCUGAGCGGUCCGGAAUGCGAAGCUGCUCGGGGUCGGGGGAUCCAAGUACGGAUCGAGAAAUUUACAGCAUUGCGGCAAGGGACGGAGACGUCGGAACGGUGUCGCUUGCGUGGGAGCGACGGCCGCAAGGAUUGCAGCGGGAGGCUGCAAGUGCAGGGUCCGGCGACACGGAGACCACGAAGUCCGCCGAGAUCCGAACUUCUUCGGGCGGGGUUUGUCGGCCAGAGAUUGUCGUGCCGUUGAGAGGGGCAGCGUGCACGGGGACCGAAGGGCGGUCCUCACGAUUUGGCACGGGUACCGCGGAAGGGGACGAGUUUCGUGGGAGGGAAGUAGGGGAGGAAACGGAGGAACAGAAGGGAGCGCAAGAAGGGGAGGAAGAAGGGGAAGAAGAGGUGGAAGGGGAGGAAGCGGGAAAAACGGAGCUAAUUGAUUUGUUUGAAGGAAGGGAGGGUGCCGGGUCUAGAGAAGACGAAGUGGAACACAAUGAGGACGAUGCCGGAUCAGGAGAGUCGUCUGACGAGUUCGAACAACUGUAUGGAGAGCAUCACGAGGAUGAUGGCGACGACGAUGCCACAGCAAUAGAGAUGGAGACACAAGUGGUCAGCAGCCUUUCCACAGAGUCUGAAGAUUAUGCGCUCCGUCCACUGACGUCUGCUGUCGACUUGCAGCGCCGGUUCGACGAGGCUUCCGUCGCUAUCAUCUCGUCUGAAAAAAGUCGACGUAUAAGCAUCGACGAAGUUAUCAACGGUAUCCUCCGCGACCACAACGUGUCUGCCCGUCCGUCCGCAACUGCCAACGUCGCAUCUUCCGUGGCAGCUGCCCUCGCUUCGUCGGCGCUGAAGUCUCUGGUAAUGCAGGCCACCCUUGCCGCCGAAGGGGAAGGCGAGUGCGGUGGAGGACAGCAUUUGACGUCCCCAAAAAAAUCGAAGUUCAGCGGUCAGGCUCUCGACGUGCUCGCUUUGCCUGCGCCAAAUUCACCAUCGAAGGAGCGGAGAGAGAAACAGACUUGUAAGCCUUAAAGAACGCCUGCGCAUCCGGAUGUCGCCGGAUUAUAGUCCGUGCUAUACACACGACGAC